ACAGUUCGACAUAUCUGCCGGGUGUGUCUACAAACAGUUGCAAAAGUACCAGAACCAAGAGUGCAUUUUGAUAGGGUUUGGGUUAUGAAACACGAUUAGGGUUGUCGUUUAGCACACGCUCCGCUUCAAGACAUUUUCUGAUGUGGAGACAUGGCUCACGCUGAUCCGCAACCCACCUCCGUGGCUUGCAAAUUUGAGAGUGACAAUUGUGCAUUGAUCAAUGGCUCGUGAACUAGUGCCAGAUUGGAUCUUGAAACAAACACUUGAAGUGCAAAAGUCCGCAAGUAUGGCUUGGGUUGGUGGAAAGAAAGAACUCGACGAUGGCGGGCUUACGCUGACCGCACUUGGGUGUGGGACCAUGGGUGUCGCUAUCCUGGGUGGAAUAAUGGACUCAUUAAGAGAGCUCAACAAGACCCAGCCGAGCACGACUAUCGAUGAGAACACAAUCGACGACAAGACUCCUGCGUUGCCCAAGCGAUUGCCAUCAAAAUUCAAUGCUUGUGUACGCAGGAAAGAAAGUGCAAAACGUGUCACAGAUGCCCUGGACAAGUACGACGCCAGAUUAGAGACUCGUGUUGACGACAACAUCGCUGCUGUGCAGGCCGCCGAUGUAAUCUUAUUAGGUUGCAAACCUUACAUGGUCGCUGGCAUUCUCCAGGUCGAGGGAAUGCGUGAAGCUCUCGCUGGCAAAUUACUCAUUAGCAUCCUUGCCGGUGUUCCCAAGUCCCAAAUUCAUGACAUUCUCUACAAAGAUGCGCCACAAGGUACCAAGGAGUGCACGAUAGUGCGUGCCAUGCCCAACACUGCUGCCGCAGUGCGCGAAUCGAUGACCAUGAUCGAACUCUCUUCGCCGGGCUUGGAUCCUGAAACUGAUGCACUGGUGACAUGGAUCUUCACUCGCAUCGGCAAAGUGGUUCACCUCCCUGCCUCGAACAUGGAUGCCUGCACAGCACUCUGCGGAUCGGGGCCUGCUUUCUUCGCCCUCAUCAUUGAGUCAAUGGCGGCUGGCGCCAUCGCGAUGGGAAUCCCGCGAGAUGACGCUUAUGCCAUGGCUGCGCAGACCGCACGCGGCACGACAGGUCUUUUGCAGGCCGGCGAACAUCCCGCUAUCCUGCGAGACAAGGUAACCACCCCUGGAGGUUGCACUAUUGGCGGGCUUCUGGUCCUAGAGGAGGGUGCUGUGCGUGGAACUGUCGCAAAGGCAGUCCGUGAGGCUACGGUUGUCGCCUCACAGCUUGGGCAAGGUAAGCAGGGAGUGAACGGAACUCGUCAUUAGAGUCGCCGCGGCUACCGCAACACAAUUUGAGGGCAUUGAGCCGUAAAUCAUAUGCACUUAUUCGCAUAUCCUGUGUGCAGUCUUGUGAGGGAUUUUCAUGGCAUCAUGAACGGAUGCUCACCGAUAGUGAACUCCUUGUAGCCCCCGCAAUAAUACGCUCGACUCCCCAACGCCUCGCUAAUUCGUAAAUAUGAAUACAUGAGUCGUGCUGAU